AUGGAAGCUAUGGGAGAAUGGAGCAACAACCUCGGAGGAAUGUACACCUAUGCAACCGAAGAAACCGAUUUCAUGAACCAGCUCCUUGCUUCCUACGAUCAUCCUGGCACCGGCUCGUCCUCUGGCACAGCCAGUGGAGACCACCAUGGCUUGUACUGGAGCCUUGGUUCUAAUCACAACCAUCAUCUUACCCUCAUGCCUGAAGCCAGUAGCUUCGGUUUCUCUGGAGAGAGCAGCAGCUACAGCGUUGAGAACAGCAGGUACUACACGGUGGUACCACCCACGGUUGAAGAGACUAACAAUGGGUCAACGGGCUUUGGGAUGGAAGAUGUGACCAUCAACACCAACUCAUAUCUAGUUGGUGAGGAGACAAGUGAAUGUAACGUUGAGAAAUACUCAUCUGGAAAAAAUCUUUUUCCCUUGGAAACUGUCGUGGAGAACCAUGAUGACGAGGAGAGUAUGUUGCAAUCCGGAACUACUACUGACCAUCAUAGAUCUCUCACCGGUUCUAAGAAGAGAUCACGUACUACAUCCACUGAUAAAAACAAGAGAGCAAAAGUGGGUAAGAGGGGACAAAAAAGCACAGAGAUGAGUUGUGAUAACAACAAUGGGUCAGGAGAAGAGGAAGAAUGUGAGAAGGUGAAGAGAAGAAAGAGUGGGGCUAUGAUGAGUAGACAGAACUCAAGCACCACUUUCUGUUCCGAGGAAGACUCACUGUGCCCUUCUCAAGACGUUGGAGGAGAAGACGAAGAAGAUGCCUCCAAGGCCCUCAACCUCAACGGCAAGACAAGGGCCAGUCGUGGUGCUGCCACCGACCCUCAAAGCCUCUACGCAAGGAAAAGAAGAGAAAGGAUUAACGAGAGACUGAGGAUCUUGCAAAGCCUAGUCCCUAAUGGAACAAAGGUAGAUAUAAGUACAAUGCUAGAGGAAGCCGUUCAUUACGUCAAAUUUUUACAGCUUCAAAUUAAGUUAUUAAGCUCUGAUGAUCAAUGGAUGUAUGCGCCGAUUGCUUUCAACGGAAUGGACAUUGGCCUUAACUUACCGAGAUGA